AUGAAGGUGGACGAAACAAUCGCCCUGCUCAGGCAGGGAAAGCAGGUUUCGGAGGAGACUGUGUAUACGUUGUGCCUGCGUUCGCAGGAGCUGUUGAUGAGCGAGGCGAAUGUGACACGGGUGGAUACGCCGGUGACAAUUUGCGGCGACAUUCACGGACAGCUUCACGACCUGCUGACGCUGUUCGACAAAAGCGGCGGCGUUGAAAACAACAAAUAUGUCUUUCUCGGAGACUUCGUGGACCGCGGGUUCUACUCCCUUGAAAGCUUCCUACUGCUUUUGUGCUACAAGCUGCGAUACCCAGAUCGGAUUACAAUGAUACGAGGCAACCAUGAGACGCGGCAGAUAACGAAAGUGUACGGAUUCUAUGACGAGAUCGUCCGCAAGUACGGGAACAGCAACGUAUGGCGCUACUGCUGCGAGGUGUUUGACUAUCUUUCACUUGGAGCGGUUGUGGACGGACAGGUGUUUUGCGUGCACGGCGGUCUAUCGCCGAAUGUGACAACUGUGAACCAGAUCCGCGCGAUCGAGCGGAAGCAAGAAGUCCCACAUGAGGGCGCAAUGUGCGAUCUAUUGUGGAGCGACCCUGACGAGGUUAGCACAUGGAGUUUGUCUCCGCGCGGUGCCGGAUUUUUGUUUGGGCGCAACGAGGUGGAUCAGUUUUUACACUGUAACGGGCUUGAGCUGAUCGCGCGCGCGCACCAGCUCGUGAUGGAGGGUUAUAAAGAAAUGUUCGGAGGUGGACUCGUGACGGUGUGGUCGGCGCCCAACUACUGUUACCGGUGCGGGAACGUGGCGGCCGUACUACGGAUUGAAGAUGGGCUGAGCCGCGAGUACAUGAUCUUCGAAGCCGUUCAGGCGCAGGACGAUGUCGGCAACGCUAUCAUCCCCACGAAGAAGCCGCAGAUGGACUACUUUCUGUAG